AUGUCGUCGCGUACAGGACACCGCGGGACGUCCGUGGCGACUAGUCAGCGGAAAUUUCGGUCUCGUUCGGCACCACGAUACGACAUGGAGAAGAAAGCCAAGAAGAAAGAGCUCCGGGCGUCAGGGGCCAACAGUCUUGUCUCUAUACCCAACAGCAUGAAACUAAUGAUGCUCAACAGUGGCCUCAUAUCUUUUGACCGGGUGACGUUUAGACCAGAGACGGACGAAAAUGGUUCGAUAUCGGAAACGAUACCCGACCGGCCAGUUGAACUGAAGAACUUUCCGAAGCUUUGCGAACAAAGAAGAAAAUUUCCCGUUUUAUACAAACUUGAAUUCCAGACUGCAGCAAAGGUAGAAACACAUUCUUGCCGUCAUGCGACAAAGAAAACAAAUUUACACAAAAAUCAAAACCAGAAGGUUAUACCAUACGACUACAACAGAGUGGUGCUGGAUACAGUAGACCGCGAACCAGAUUCUGAUUAUAUAAACGCUUCUUACAUAGAUAGUACAUUAAAGCCAAACGCUUACAUAGUAACACAGGGGCCAACUGAAGAGACUGUAGUGGACUUCUGGCGCAUGAUAUGGCAGGAGAGGGCUGCUGCAAUAGUGAUGCUAACGAAAACUUUUGAUUUCAUAAAGGUUAUGUGUGUUCAAUACUGGCCGCCUAAUAAAGAAAAAGAUGAAAAGUAUGGUGACAUCAGUGUCGGCAUCGUGCAAGAGGAAGAGUUGGCGAAUUUCCACAUCCGCACAUUUAGGCUCUAUAAGAGCGAAAAAGAUAUUAUUGUAGAGGAGCGCUUCAUUCUGCAGUUUCAUUAUACUCAAUGGCACUCGCAUACAUGCCCCUUUAGCAACGCGCUACUUGAGUUUAGACGGCGGGUAAGGGCUGUUGUCGGAAGAAGGUUGGCAACAAACACAGCUGCGGGUCCAAUGGUAGUUCACUGCAAUGAUGGAGGAGGACGUUCAGGAGUGUACUUAGCUAUCGAUGCAAAUCUAGAACUAGCCGAAGAAGAAGACUGCUUUGAUGUAUUUGGAUAUUUGAAGAAAUUGCGACAAUCUCGUAAAGGACUUAUAGAAAAUGAGGAGCAAUACAAGUUCGUAUAUGAUACGUUAGAGGAACACGUCGUUUGUGGUAUAUCAUGGUUCCCAGUUUCUGAACUUUCGCAAAGACUGAAACAGAAAUCUCAAAGAGAUCCAGUAACGAAACUUAAUGAAUAUCAAAAGGAGUAUCAACAAAUUUGUAAACAGACUCCAAGAUUCACCAUUGGUGACUGUGCUGGUGGUCAUAGAGGAGACAAUAGAGAAAAGAACCGUGACGUAUUAGUAGUUCCACCGGAUAAUUUUCGUCCAUACUUGACGUCCUUCCAAGGAAAUAGUUUUACUGACUAUAUCAAUGCUGUAUUUGUCGAUGGUUAUACCAAGCCUCGGGAGUACAUAGUUACGGAAUGGCCUUUAAUAAGAACUCAAGGAGAAUUUUGGUCCUUGGUUUAUGAUUAUGAAUGUGCUGCAGUUGUCGUGUUAUGCGUUCCUCCUAAAAACUCUCAACAAUAUCCUCCAUUUUGGCCAGAAGGUCGACAUUCUAAAAAAUAUGGCCCAGUAUUCACAAUAGACCAUGUUUCUCACAACCAUUAUACGAAUAUCAAAACAUGGAUAUUUAGAAUUAAUAAAAAGAUUGUCUCACUUACGGAAUUAAUGGCUGGUGUAAAGGCUCCCCCAAAAACGGUGCAGUUGUUCCAGCUAACAUGUUGGCCAAUGGGCCAUAAAGUACCUUCUUCCACCAACUCACUAGUAGAACUCAUGAAUAUGGUGGAACGGUGGCGACAACGUACUGACUAUGGCCCAGUUUGUGUCGUGUCGCCUGAUGGACGAAGUCGUGCGGGAGUAUACUGCGCAGCGAAUGCAUGUAUCGAGCAAGUGAUCCAACACGGCGAAGUGGAUGUAUUCCAAGCCGUCAAAACCGUACGACGUCAUCGACCACAACUUGUCGAAAAUAUGACCGAGUACAAAUACUGCUACGAUCUCGUGCUACAUUAUGUGUUGCACUAUUUAAACAAAGAUAUGAAUGAAAAGAAGUGA